CCCACUGGGCCCGAGCGCGGCCAGCGCGUGCCGCAGGAGUGCCGCAGCCGCCCUCUGGCGCGGCAGGCGGGCCACCCGCCCCGCGAGACCCCCCCCCACACUUGAGGGGAACCGCCCCCUUCGGCCUCCGCGCGCGGCAUGGACCUGGCGGUCUCGCUGGCGGAGCCGCCGCCGUGCGAGCGGCCCGCACCCGACGACGCCGCGGGUUGUUUCUCGGCCCGCUCCGGCGCCGCGGCGCCCGAGGCGGCGGCCGUGCGGGCGCUGUGCGAGCAGGAGCCCGACCUCGACGGCUUCGAGCGCCUGGACAAGUGGCGGCAUUGCGAGGAGGAGGGGGUGGGGGAGUGCAGGGUCUUCGCCCACAACCUCGCGCGGGCGCGGAACAGCGGCUUCCCCUCGACCCUGGAGUGCGGGGAGGCCGCGGGCCUGAGCCCCCACGAGAUCGCGGCGCUGUUCGGCUGGACCACGGGCGACUUCCGCUUCCUCAACCCCAUCGCCCGGGGCCUCGCGGAGGUCACCUUCCAGGACUACCCGAGGGGCGCCGCCGUCCUGUGCAGGCUGUCGCGUGAGGAGGUGCUUCCCUACGUCCAGGUGGUCAGCGCGGCGCUGCGGAAGCUCCCGCCGGCCGCCGGGGGGCAGGUGCUCUGGCGCGGGCACCGCAGGCCCGUGGCCGCGGAGGUGGGCGCCGUGCUGGAGCUCCCCGGCUUCGCGAGCGCCUCCCACGACAGGACGAGGCCCUGGCUUUCGCGGCGCAGGCGAACGCAGGCAGGUCUGCCCGCCGCAGCCUGCUGGCCAUCACGGGCCACGUCAGCGGCCGCGGCAUCUCCAGGUACAGCGCCCGGAAGCGCGAGGCGGAGGUCCUCUUCCCGCUGGGCGCGCGCUUCGAGGUCGUGGCGCCUGGGCCAGGCUCCGAGGCCGACGCGGAGGCCGUCGCCGCCGCGGCGCGGCGCCUGGCGGAGGAGGUGCCCGGGGCCGACAUCAGGAUCGUCUACCUGAGGGAGCUGGGCCGGGACGACGCGGCGGCGGAGCGCGCCGCUGGCCUGGGCGCGGCGGUGGCGGCCCUGGAGGCGGCGGCCCAGCUCGACAUGGCCGCGGCCUGACGCGGAGUGGCGGCGGCCCCCGGAGGCGGCACAGUGCAUCGGCGGCGCGCUCAGGGGAGAGGCGGAGGUGGGGGGGCCUCCUCAGAAGGCUCGGAAGGCCUCUUGCCGUCCGAGGAGCCUCCCGAGCCUCCGCCAGAGCGGCAGGGAGCUGCUCGGAAGGCCACGGCAACUCGGACAAGAGCCACCGCAUGUCAAUACCUCGUCACAGAGCCAUGCAAUGACCCUGCGCGCUCCACUGGUGAGUAUCGGACCACCACGGGCGGGCGGGAGCGCAGCGGAGCCAAACUAGAACAGUACAGGCGUACAGUGCAAGUCGAGACGAGGU